AUGCCGACUAACCCAGGCUGCACCACCCCAUCUCUUCAGCCACAACCCCAUCCACCUCGCUCGCCCUCGGCACCCUCUGACCACGCACCACCCGCGCCCUGCGACCCGGCCGCCCUGCCACCCUGCGCCUCACCCUCACCUUCACCAUCACCACCAGGCAAGCCCUGCACCACCACCACCUCCUCCCCAAACGCUCCCUUCUCCCACCCCCAUCCCGCCCUUGCCCUUGCACGCUGCUGUCCGCUGCAUGCUGCACUGUGUGCUGCGCCAAUUGCCGCUUGCUCCACCCGGCCCGCUCUGUCUCUGAUUGAACGGCACACGGCGACCGUGUAA